CAUCGCCGACGGGAUCCGCAUCAAGGAGGAGGCCAAGAAGGUGGAGCUGGAGGAGGCGCGACAGAUUCAAGCUGGCCACCGAGGAGUACAAACACCAGCUGGAGCUCGGCAAACUGGAGGAGCACGAGAAAAGGCAAAAGCUGAAGAAGGAAGCAGAUCAGUUCUUACGUACGCAACGGGCUUUCGAGCUGCUCAAGCAGAAUCGAGAUCAGGAGGAGAAUGCCGAGAUCCGUGUGUACGGGCUGGGCAAGCUGGAGAUGGCGCGUCGCAUCAACGAGCAGCGCGCCGAGAUUCUGGCGCGCAGCCGGCGGCGCAGCGAGGCCGCCUGCGACCACCUCUGGUCGCUGAUUGGCAACAAAAUAUCGGACGAGGACGCGCGCAUCGCGGCCAUCGUGGCGCAAAAGCGCGCCCAGAAGGACGCCGAGGAGGCGGCCAAGCAGGCGGCGCGCGCCGCCAUGAUGGCUUCCAUCACGCAACACCGCAUCGACGAGGUGCGCCGCCACCGCGACGGGGAGCGGCGUGACGCCGAACGCAAGCUGGAGGAGCGGGCCGCGCUCGACGACGAGACGCGCCGGCUGGCGGCGGAGCUGCGCGACCGGCAGCGCGACCUGCUGGAGCAGCGCUCGCGCAACCGGCGCGACUGGCAGGAGCAGGCGGAGGAAGUGGAGGCCAAGCGGCUGGUGGAGAAGGAGGAGGAGUAUGAAGAGGUCAACCAGCUGAAGGGCACUAUACGGAAGGAGAAAGAGCAGUUCGAGGAGUACGUGCGCACCGAGAUGGAGCGGCUGGAGCAGGGCAAGCGCAACACGUUCCCGCUUCAAGUCGCCGCGCGGGCGCCGGCGCCCGGGUUCCUGCGUCACUCCACCGACUGGUCGUCGGUCGGUAUCCGGCCGUACUGAGCGGCGGCCGGCGCCGUCCUCUGCCGCACCGCCGCCCCCUCUUCUGCCCGCCGACGCCCGCUCGCCGCAUGCUGUCCGGCAGAAGCACGCUGUUCUUGGCGCGAUGUCUGGUCAGUUUCACGGGAGCUUCACGGCGUGAUCGGUGACCCAUGCAUCGGAAAUCAAUGCCACAGUGUGCAUAACGCAGCCUUAUCGUGCUUGCAAGUGGUUACAAAUUUAUUACAAUGUGGUGAUUUCGCGUAGCUGUGUGCCGAGUGCGGGUAUUAGCUGCAGCAGUGUGGAAAUCCAGUCAGAUGUGUUCGUCCUCCAAUCUAGUCGAAAACUAGUCAAAAGUGUCCGUUGUCCCUUUUUUGCCAUAAAGACACCACCUGCGCCACAAAAAUACAACGGAAAAACCCAGCGCAUGAGAAAGUCGCGCACGAAAUUUUUCUUUGUGAUGUCUCAUCCAAUGAGUGGGCCAGUGAUUGGUUUGUGACGCACCCUUCUGUCCUGGCACGAACAAACAACCACCAAAUACAGCUCUACCGGCGUGA